CCGCGUCCAUACCUCUCGGAUCGAGCUGCCCUCAACAUCCCGCCGCCCUCGAGCGUCCUUGUUACGUGCUGCGACCCGCGCGUCCACCCCGAGGAGUUCUUCGGCCUCAAGCCCGGCGACGCCGCCGUCCUCCGCAACGCCGGCGGACGUGUGAGGCUCUCGCUGAUCGACAUCAUCACGCUCGACGCCCUCUUGGGCCACGGGACCCUCAAGCAGCUGCUCAUCGUGCACCAUACCGACUGCGGCGCGACACAUUUCAAGGACGAGGACUUGAAGGCCGAUACGAUUGCGCGGCAUCCGGAGAGGAGGGCGGAAAUCGAGGCUUGGCCACCGAUCUCGUUUCACGACAAGACGAUCGCUGAAAGCGUGAAGGAGGAUAUUGAGGCCGCGCAGCAGAGUGAGCUGCUACCCGAGGCUCUGAAGAAGGGGGUGCGGGGAUUCGUGCUCGACAUCAAGACGGGUGUCGUCACUGAGGUUUGA